GCGACUGGUGACUCUUUCGAGGGAACCCCGUCCAGUACACGACAUACCGUUUUUGCGAUCUCUUUUUUUUUCCUGCUGUCUUGUCCUUCACGUCUUCAACGAAAAGAAAACGCGUCCACUGCCCUCAAGUAUUCUUCGUUCAAAGUCAGCUUGCCAAAUCACAUCUGAAAGAAAAGUAGUCUCUUUUUUUUUGGUUUCGACUCCCAAACGAAGUACACACACACACACGCACGCAACGCCGCUUACACAAUUGCACUAUCGAAAGUGAAGAAGUGCGCUUUUCAUUAAAGGAAACACACACUCCUUAAACAGGCAGCUACAGAAGGGAAAAAAAAGAGUCACAUCAACAGCAAUGUCAACUACUAUGUCUGUUGAGGCGGAAAGCAUGGUGACGGUGAUGCUGUCAUCCGACGACUCCGACCCGUCCUCGCCGUGUGACCAGUUCGAGCAAAGCUUCUCCUCCAUCGCCAGCUCUGUUGGGCCACUCUUCACGCCGCGCACAGACAGUUUAGUGGUGAAGGGGAGCAACAUAUUCGUCGAGUCGUCCGAGGACGAGGGGGAUGAGGAGGAGGACGAGUUCAACGACGGCGCAGAGGAGACGCCGACGACGCUGGCGGAGCGGGAGCGCCAGGAGCGCCGCAGCUGCCUCCGCUACGGCCCCACUCGCGCCGACCGCAGUCACGACCGCCAGUGCAUCACGGCGGCGCAUCAGAACUCGCUGAACAAGUCCAUUCUGCGCCUGUCGAAGGAGGCGAUGGUGGGUCGGAAGGAUCACCAAAUCAUGCUGCGUCAACUCAUCAGCGUGGCCUACUACCGCGACCCACACCGCGUGGCAAACCGGCAGCUAUGGCGCAAGAUCAUGGCCGCCAUCGGCAAAGAGUACUACGGCUCUAAGGCCAUUUUCUCGCUCUCUCCGGACCCAUACGAGAGUGUCAUCGCAAAGCUGUCGUCGAUGAUGCUGUGGGACGGCAACAUUCGCCAAUGGGCCUACGGUUACUGCGAUGCGGAGAUGACGCGCCGCCGCAACGCGCAGGUAGAGACGCUGUCGAAGCUUCAGGAGUCCGGCAAGCUGUUCUUGUAA